AUGGAUAUGUUUCGACUUCCAACUUCAACGAAUUCAUCGUCAAAUGAUAUGAUGGAUAAAGCUAAACGUGUAUGGGAUAUGCUUGAUGAAUUAGCAUCAAGUGAUCCAACAGCUUAUAAAAGUUAUAUUCAAAAAACUCUAAAAGAAGGAAAAGAAUUUAUGGCACCACCAACACCUACGUUAGCAGUUGAAUCUAAAUUAUAUAAUAAUUCUAAAAUCAAAAUUUUCUAUUUGAAUAUAUUUACUUGGACACGAUUACCAGUUCCAGAAGCAACUGAUGAAUCAAUAAAAUUUUAUCCUCUAAAACCAAUAGAAACAACUCAUAAUAAUAAAUGUUGUAUUAUUAUGAAUAUUGCUGUACAUCCAAAUAUAAUGAAAGAUAUUCCUCAUGGUCAGUUAAUUCAAUCAACAUUUCAUUUAAUAGCAUCACAACAUAAUUUUCAAGUUGAUUGUGAUCAUUAUAAAAUUCUUGAUGAAAAAAUGAUCGGUAAUAUUGAAGAAAUUCAAAAAAGUUUUCUUAAACCAAUAUCAAAAAAUAAGGAAAAUAAUGAAGAUAUUGAAGAAUUAUCUGAUAAUGGUCUUAGUCCAUCAUUAAUGAAACAGCUUUCAUCAAUGACUAUGACUGAUCAAUCAACAUCAUUAUCAUCUAAGAAGCAGGAAAAAGAACAAAAGAAAAAUACCAAACCGCCUGUAUUAAUUGAAGAAUUAUGGACCAUUCCAACAUUUACAGAAGAAAUUACUAAUAAUAAUACAUCUUUAAUUAUUCGUAUUUCGUUACCUGAAUGUGAAGGUGUAGCCGAUUGUGAUCUAACUGUUUUACCUUUGGAAGAAAUUGUACAAAUUGAAUGUUCUAAACUACAUAUGCGUCUAAAACUUGAUAUGAAAGAACGCAAGAAAGUGAACAUAGAAAACUGUAAUAGUACGUUUGAUAUUGAAAAAUUAACUGCUAAAUUUGUACGCAAAACACAACAACUUAUUCUUACUAUUCCAAUUCGUAUAGAAUCAAUAACAAACUGA